GGACUCGCUCGGACAGCCGUCACGGAUAUCAUAUCAUGAACCUCCACUCGCCUUAGUUGAUGCUCCUUAUCUUCAACAUCUUCCCGUCCAUACAUCAACGGAUUACAACCCGACUCCGACCACUACGGCGUACCACUGGCAGUGUAACCCGAGUAAUCUUUCAGCCAAACCAUCAUACCAACCGCAAUUUUUUUGUUGGCGACGUCUCUGAGGUCGCGCGACAAUCAUACAAUACGACGCUACUAAAGCGCCAUCGUUUCCGAAUAUUCAACUUGGCUUGAAUACGCACAUACCGUCGUUCUUGCUGACACAAUUUACGCCCAUUUACCUUACAUCCGUUACUCUAAUUCCUCGCAUAUGGCUGUAAGCUCAAAAUUGGCACGUCCUCCAGGCCUGGUUACUCUUCCUACGGAGCUCAUCCUCAAUAUCUCUGAGCUUGCUCUACUUAGUGACAGAAGCGCACUCGCCAACCUAGCGCUCACUUCAAGAUGCAUCCUUGCACACACUAAUGUCAUACUCUAUCGCACCGUCGUACUCGCAACUCUGCACGCGGUGUUCCUUUUCCUCCGCACCGUGAUGUCUAUCGACGUCAAUGCUUUCAGUGUUCGUACUGUACCACCGGGACAUCGCCGGCCUGUUAUCCGCGCUCCUUCAAACAUUACAUCUGCAUUCCUCCAAACCACUGUCAAGCGUCUUGCUAUAACCCUUACCACCUACCUUCCUGGGAGGGGCCCCCUUGUUCACCAGAUUGCACGUAUCAUUGAACUUUGCAGUGGUGUUCAGACCAUCGUAUUGCCUGUCGGGUUAGCUACAUCUAUCUGUGAAGUCGGCUCCCUUCCUCGCUCCCUUCCAAUUGCUUCCACGUCUCCGAGCCCAACCGAGUUGGUUAUAAGCUCGUACGCGGACCUCACGCAACCCAAAGAUGCGGGAUCGCAGCUCCCCGCCUUACCUCAAUGGCGUCCUACCCCUCCCAACACACCUUUCCCUUCGCGCGCCUCUUCUCCAGCCCCAACUUCGUCUUCUGUUGUCUCAUUGCCCAUAUUCACCCAUAUCACUCGCUUACGAAUCUGUGAGCCGUCGCUGAUGUGGCACACCCCGCAUACGCUCGUCUCACUCUUCCCAAACCUAACCCAUGCUGCUUUAGCACGACGGGCACAUGCUAAUGCAGACAACGAUCUAUGUUUUCUCUCCGCUGUGCGUGCAAUGCUGGCAUGCUCACGCGACUUGCGUAUGCUAGUUGUUGUCGUAUUCCCAUUCCGCGCCAAGGCGAGUGACGAGAAUGAACAAUAUGUCCUUGGUGUAGGGGUGCGCGAUAGCGAAAUCUGGAGUGAGAUAAAGCAAAUUAGGGAUGAAGACAGCAGAGUUUGGGUGAUGGAGGGCACCUAUGGAGCUUGGGCGAAGGAAUGGGAGGGUAACGAGAUUAUUGCCAGUGCCAGUGGUCCCGGAGAUUGGUGGCAACGUGUCAUGAGGUCUGGAAGUGGCCGUAAGCUUUGAGAGUCAUGUCUUUGCCUUUUCUCUUCUUUUCUCUAUUUUCCUUUAGAUUAGAUAUGCAUUCAUGUUGUAGACGUUUUGAAUCUCGGGAGCUUGUUUCUCACUAUUAGAUUAAUACUAGAUGUACUGGCUCAUUUCUGUUUGUUAUAGAAUUGGAAAGCU